CUGUCUUUCAAGUACUUCACGCGUCCCCUCCGCUCCAGCGCAGCCAGUCUGUCCGCAGCGGCCCUUGCCACUGCAAGCUUCAAGUCUCAGACGCGCUUUUCCUCUGACCUGCACAACCUCAGCGCCAACAAGAUGAGCACCCACAGCUCAGUUCUAAUCAUCGGCUCCGGCCCUGCUGCCCACACUGCUGCCAUCUACCUGGCCCGAGCCAAUGCCGAGCCCACUCUCUACGAAGGCUUCAUGGCCAACGGCAUAGCAGCCGGCGGCCAGCUGACCACCACCACCGACAUCGAGAACUUCCCCGGCUUCCCCGAUGGCAUAAUGGGUGGUGAGCUCAUGGACGCGAUGAGGAAGCAGUCCGAGCGCUUCGGCACAAAGAUCAUCAGCGAGACCAUCGCCAAGCUGGACCUCUCCAAGCGGCCCUUCAAGUUCUCCACCGAGUGGGACCCAGAUACCGAGCACACCGCCGACGCUGUCAUCCUCGCCACCGGCGCAGUCGCCCGGCGGCUGAAUCUCCCGGGCGAGGACAAAUACUGGAACAAUGGAGUCUCGGCCUGUGCUGUUUGUGACGGCGCUGCCCCUAUCUUCAGGAAGAAGCACCUCAUUGUCAUUGGCGGUGGAGACUCUGCCGCAGAGGAGGCCAUGUUCCUGACCAAAUACGCGAGCCACGUCACCGUGCUCGUCCGCAGGGAUGUGCUACGAGCCAGUAGCAUAAUGGCGAAGAGGCUCCAAAAUCACAAGGAUGUCACCAUCAAGUGGAACACCACUGGUGUCGAGAUCAAGGGCGAUGACAAGGGUCUCAUGAGCCAUCUGGUCGUGAAGAACGUCAAGACCGGCGAGGAGGAGAGCCUUGAGGCCAGUGGUCUGUUCUACGCCAUCGGUCACGACCCCGCCUCUGCUUUGGUCAAGGACCAGGUUGAAACGGAUGCGGACGGCUACAUUAUCACCAAGGCUGGUUCCCCCUUGACCAACAUUCCGGGUGUUUUCGCCGCAGGUGAUGUGCAGGACAAGAGGUACAGACAGGCUAUCACCAGUGCAGGUUCUGGUUGCAUGGCGGCUCUCGAGGCAGAGAAGUUCCUCGCCGAUCUCGAGUCGGACGCGGCGGAAACACCUGCGCAGGCAAACGGUAAUUAG